CCAUCCAUGGCAGUUGUUUUGGAAUACUAUGGCAUACAGUCUGCUCUGGUACACAAUCGAAUCUGCAUGCUCUGCUUUGCAGCUGGCAGUGACAGAGUACUUGUGCCUCCAGUGGAGGCGAAGGCUUACACAAGCAGCACAUGAGGGCUAUUUUCAAGGCCAAAAUAUCUUAGUCCUAGCUCGUCAGCAGCGCUGUCGGGUCUCAUCAUUCCAACUUGAUAUUACAGAUAACCAACACCCAACCUCGGCAGCUCCAUCGAAACUCGCGCCGCUUUCGGAUGUUUUUGAGAGCAGUGAGGCAAGGAGCAAGAGAACAGAAAAGCAGAGUGUCGCUGGCAACUAUGCCUGCCCUGAUCACCCGCCGCGAUCUAAUCUGCUAUCUUCUUCCUCUGGUUUCCCCCACUUUGAUCGGAUGCCACCAUCCGGUCUAGCAUUAUCUGCCGGUCUGGUUCAAGGACUGCAAGGAAUGGUUGGGCAGAAGGAACAAAUCGGGUUCAGAGCGGGGACUGCUGGAAGUUAUGGUGAUGGUGAUGCUGUCCAGGUUGUUGUGAUGAAAUGCGAUCGGGUGGCUGAUGUCAAGGCAAGCGGUGAAGUACCAGGCAUGUUGGUCCAGCGUGAUGUCACUGAUGUGGAUAAUCCAGACCAGAGGAUGACAGAUGAGAUACGGAGUCUUUGCACCAGCCUUGGUGUGUUCAUGACCAACACAUUCACAGCACCGUUGACCGUUGUUUAUUACUCAUAUGUGGUUUGGCGAUAUGUUGGCUGGGUUGGGCCAGUUGGCGUGUACGCCUUCUUCUUCCUCGGGUCGAUGGUGACACGCAAGAUCAUCGCUCCAAUUGCGGCCCUCGUGGCUCGACAAGAGAAGCUGGAGGGCAAUUUUCGCAUCGGGCAUGUUAGAGUGAGAGAUGCUGCGGAGUCUAUUGUGCUGUCCCAUGCUCUGCCCACGGAACAUGUGCAUAUCGAUGCUGAUCUGGACAAUGUGCUGGCAGUCCAAGAGAAGCUUGUUUUCCAACAUUCCAUACUGGAGUUUGCAAUGAAGGUUUAUGACUACUUCAGCACGGCUGUCAACUACCUGAUUCUCCUUGUGCCGAUUUUUGCUGGUGCAUUUGCUGAGGCAACGAAGGAUGACGCGGGCAAGGUUGCACAGCUGAUUAGCAACUCGUCCUUUGCGACAUUACAGCUGAUGUAUGGCUUUUCCAUGCUGAUAGACGCAUCCAAAUAUGCAUCCGAUGUGGCCGGUCAUGCCUCAAGGGUUGCUGAGCUGUUCGAAGCCUUGGGAAUCAUACAGGAGGGAAUGAAGAACACCGAAUCCAUGGCACCUGCAAACUUGUCAGAAGCAGGGCCCGGCAAGCAGCUUGGCACCGGGUCCGUAAUUCAUCCUCGUCACAAGAAAGGGGUGGAGAAGGCUGCGCCAGCUGACCCCUGUCGCUUGUCAUCAGAGGUAUGGACCAAGUCCAACCAACUUGCUGAUGCCCCAGGAGGGCUCACAUCGUCACCCUCAGGAGGCUCCAAACUGCAGUGUACAGUGGAAGAAGGCCAGAGGGUCAGAGCUGACCACCAAAAGGACUUGAGCACAGGCACAAGACAAACUGGCAUGGAGGUGAGGGGAAGGAGCAUUGCUUUGCAGGAGGAGCAGACAGUAGACUGGACAAUGGUACGGGCCCCAACUAUCUUCCAUCUAUGUGGAGGAGAUGACUGGCUCGAGUACUCUAUCCACAGAGUGCCACGCGAGUUGUAUGCGCUUCUCGUGGCAGUGUUCCCCGGCAAAUGGCCUGAAGAUAUGCUGGUUAUUCCCACAUUUCAGUGCGGAGGGGUCGACCUUUGUAUCCCCCCAGUGAAAAGGGGGAAGGGGGAAGGCGCAGCAGAUGACACAGACGAAGUUGAUGAAGGUUUCGGCAAAUUGUGUAUGCGUGUAGGUGAGGACAUGGAUAGGAUGCUGGGGGUUUUUCUCAGGUGGCAAAGUUCCAUCUGUGGUUAUCUUCAGAGCAAAGGCUACUGGGCCGACUCAGUGGACCCUAGCUCAGGGUAUGCUCUUGCACCAAGAGGAGGAUGGGGAAACAUCACUAGCAGUACUCACCAGCAGGGACACGCUGGAUCCCAGCAGGACCCAGUGGUUGAAAAACGCAUCAUGGAGAAGCCACCCCAGGAGCACUGGGAGAGCAAACUCUGCUACAGUGAAGUUUAUGCAGCCAGGGUAUUGCUUGGCUAUGAGGUUCAGCAGGUAGGAGCAUGCCCAGUUGUUGUUCACCCUAGGUUUGGCACAAGGGCAUAUCCUGCCUCUCUUGUGACAACAGCACCCUUAGAACCCCUGUUGGAAGCCAUAUCAGCAGCAAGGGAUGGUUUUUCUGGCGAGAUGGAAGCGGAGCCCGAGCUGGUAUCUGCUGGGGACAAAAGUAGUGCAGAGGGAGGAAAGGGGGUUGGGCAGGAACACAAGAAGGGAAACGAGGAGGAGGAGGAGGGUGGUGACGAUAAAUCCUGGGUGAAAGUUGCGGGGCACAGCGAGAUAAUGCAAGAGAGCUGGGAUGUGAAUGAGAAGCAGAAGUCAUGCCUUGUCAUUCCUGAUAACAGCAUGCAGAUUGAGGAUCCGCCUUUUGCAGAGCAAAGGCUUCUAGACCAAUGUCCCAUCCUUCCUCUCUAUAAUUCGUCGUGUGGGAAGAAUACAACUGGCCUUGGCAGGGAACAGGUCCAUGAUGAUGCACUGGACGAGGUCGAGAAGGAAUUGCUCAUGAGGGUUUCUGCAAUGACAAUCAAGCAAUCAACUGCAGGAGAGAAUGGGAAAGUUGAGCAGGGAAGUACAGCUGCAUUGAGCGUGACCACAUCUCACAUGAUGAGACAGGAAACGGCAAUCAGUGGAGAUCGGCAGACUGCCAACGACCAGGACAUGCUUGUCAUCAAGGAGAUGACCUGCAGUAUUCCUGACAGUGGUAGAGUGAUUGUGAAGGACCUGACUGUGAGGCUUCAGCAGGGAGAGUCUCUUCUGGUUAUGGGACCGAGUGGAUGUGGGAAAACAACAAUUGUGAAAGCCAUCGGAGGAAUAUGGCCAUUGGAUGCAGGAUCAGUGAAGAUGGUAGAGUGGAACAAAAGGGAGACUCAAGCUCCCAAUGUCAUCGUCCUUACUCAAACCCCACUUAUGGCCAGGGGAGGACUUCUUGCGCAGCUGAUUUAUCCACUUCUCCCUGUCGACAGAGGUGAUCUGGGCGCAGCUUUAAGUGAAACCACAGACUUUGAACUGAGGUGCCAAGGCAAGGGCCCAAGCAGAGUUGCUACAGGUCAGCAAGAAGACGACGACAGAUUCUGCGAUGAAUAUCAACCUUUUCUUCUCAAAGAGCAAGUCAUCCAGUGGAACCCCAGUUAUGGCAAGGACGACGGAGGUGGUGGCGGUGAUGGUGGUGGAGACACUACAACACAAUUGGGAGGGAGCAGGAGACCAACUGUCUCCUCCAGCUUUUCAGGUUCUCGAUGUUGGACUCGAGAAUGGGCCCAUGGGAAACGGGACAGAAGGCGAGUUCCGCAGACUUUUCAACGAGGGUGGACGGCUAUCCACGAGCAUCCUGAAUGGCCAGCAAAGCUCCGCAAGGUUCUGGAAAUGGUGGAUCUCGGCUAUCUCCUUCAGAGAGUUGGAGGUGAUUGGGAGGCACAGAUUGACUGGAGGAAUGCAGUGUCCCUUGGUGAACAGCAGCGUCUAUCGAUCGCAAGAGUAUUUUUCCAUAUGCCACAGCUGGUCGUGCUGGACGAAGCAACAAGUGCCCUUGGCGAGGAAAUGGAAGAGAAAAUAUAUCGCCAUCUCAUGAGACUUGGGAUCUCGUUUGUCAGCAUAUCGCACCGGAGCCGAAUGGAAGCUUGGCACACGAAAACACUUCGUCUUGACGGGAUUGGUCUUGGGACAUGGAACCUGCACUCUCGCUUCACGACUGAGAACAGCUGACGACGAGUUCUUCGACUGAGAUGGCAGGAGGCAAAACUAUAUGAAGAUGAGGUAUCAUGGCAUCAAAGCACGGCUGUUGCAGACCCCUGGCGGGGUACAUGCGCAGCUAGUUGGUAUUCAAGAGGAGAGAUCAAGCAGGUUUUAUUUAGAUUCCCUAUUUUAAGGUUCCAUGUAUUUGCUUACACAUAUACAUAUUACAUACAUGUUACAUGUGUGCAUAGAUAGAUAGAUAGAUAGAUAGAUAGAUAGAUAGAUAGAUAGAUGGAUAGAUAGACAGAUAGAUAGAUAGAUAUUGUCAUAGAGAACUGCCUGGUGAACCAUAGGAGGAGAGGGGUAUAUAGAUAUAUACAUACAUAUACAUAUAUAUAUAUACAGGCACUUAUAUAUACACUAUUUGACGAUAUAUAUACAGGCACUUAUAUAUACAUAUAUAUCGUCAUAUAUAUAUAUAUAUAUAUAUAUAUAUAUAUAUAUACAGGCACUUACGCACUUGCAUGUAUGUCACAUAAACAUAGGCAGAAGAAGGGAUAAACGUAUAUCUUACAUAUGUGCAGUAUUAGGCACAUGUAAGUAAAUGUGCAUAUCCAAA